UAAUGAAUUUUUGUGCAGACUUGUCUUUUCAACAUCUAACAUGCAAGUGUUUGUUGCAGGUGACCGAACAUACACGUACACUGCUCAGAAAGUUAUUUCCUGUGGAAAUGCUCAAAUUUCAACGAAAGCAGAAGCAUCGUGCAAUUUCACUAAUAAGUGUGCACAAACGAUCUCCAAAUCUUUUGUCUUCACAAUCAUACGUUUUGGAGAACAGUACUGUGCAGCUGAGGGUGAUUGGCAAGACACCAAGGCUGGAUUUACAGCUGAAAUCAAAUGUAUAAAUCAGGCUGGAUCCAGAAAAAGACCCUGCAACAAUCAGGGAAAUUGGGGACCGGAGGUUUCAGAAUGUGUGAAUCAGGAUCUCCAUGAUGUGCUACAGUUUGCUCAUAUUAGUGACAAUGGACUGGGUGAACUGGAUGCAAAUGCAGCACAAGCAUUUUCUCGCUUUAAUAAAGUCACCAGGACAGCAACAUUAGCGACUGUUGCUAAUGUGAACACCUCAGUGGAGGUACUCCAGACCUUAAACAGUAAAAUAAAAAGCAUACAAAAUGUCAGCGCAAUAGAUAACUUCCUGAGCUCAUCCAGUAAUCUGCUGAAUGAAACUCUUCAAAGCUCUUGGAACUCAACAACUCCUGACACAAAUUUUUCCAUGGCUGAUACAUAUUUGAGUUCAGUUGAGGAAUUAGUUAAAAAAGCAAACAUAUCUGAUAUCAUUAAAAAGGCAAAUAUAGAAGUGGUUGCAUGCAGAAAUGACUCGUGCAACAACACAGUUUUCAAUGUUACUAUUUCUCUUCAAAGUUCGAGUACAGUGAAACUGGCCGGAUUCAAAUAUCUGCAGACGUAUUUGUCCAGCAGUGAUAACACCACAGAGCCCAACAGUAUUGUUGUGUCAGCAACUACAGAAGAAAAUGAUCCAAAGCAGGACAUUACUAUUGACUUCAGGCUACUCAAAGACAGGCCACGUAAUGUUGAAAUAAGGUGUGUGUUCCGGGACAGUAAUGAAUCAGAUUGGUCAUCAAACGGGUGCCAUUGGGCUGGCCCUGACAACCAGAAGCGCUGCAUCUGCCACCAUCUCUCCUCGUUUGCUAUUCUAAUGUCUAAAGAGCCCCUGAAAGUCCCAUUUUUAGAUGAGAUAACCUAUGUUGGCCUAGGAGUAUCAGUCCUGUCGCUCUUUAUCAGCCUUUUGAUAGAAUUCAUUGUCUGGAAAGAUGUAGUUAAGACAAACACUUUGCAUUUACGGCAUACUGCCCACGUGAACAUCUCUCUGUGUUUGCUGGUCGCUGACGCCUGUUUUUUAGCAUCGUCUGAAUCAACGAGCAUCACAGAGGUCUGGUGUAGAACAUCAGCAGUGCUGAAGCACUUCUGUUAUCUGGCUAUGUUCUUCUGGAUGUUGUGUCUUAGCACCACACUGCUUCAUCAAGCUGUUUUCUUGUUCCAUAAAGUGAGCAAGACUAACUACCUGCGGUUCUCCUUAGUCCUGGGCUAUGGUUGUCCCUUGAUUAUUGUCUUUGUCACAUUUCUUACCAACAAUGCUGGAGGUGAAGGUGUGUACUACUCACGAGAAACCUGCUGGUUGGUUUACACAGGACUCCUCCAGGGCUCCAUUUUUACGUUCAUCAUUCCGCUUAGUGUGAUUGUUUUUGUCAACGUGUUCUCCAUGCUGGUGGUUAUUAUGAAGCUUUUAAGCCACCAUCAGAAUGCAGACACAGCACAAGAAACAGAGAAAGCAGCUGCCAAAACGGUUUUGAGAUCAGUCAUUCUUCUGACUCCAAUCUUUGGCAUCACAUGGAUUUUUGGAUUAGCUAUAAUGAUUAUAGACCUCACAAGUGGAGUCCUGGCUAAUGUCAUCAACUACACCUUUGUUGUGCUGAACAGCUUUCAGGGUUUGUUCAUUUUGUUGACCUCAUACCUGUGCGACAAAAAUACUCGUGAAGCACUAAUGAAGCGCCUCAGGAAGAAGGCUCCAGUUUCCAGCAUGAGUGAAAGCACAACCUCAACCACAAAAACAAACUUAGAGUCCUUUAAGAAAUAGUCAACAUCUUAACUCCUGGU